AUGCCUUCCGUCUAUGACCAAUUGAAGGCCUACCCGGCUGACACCCCCACGAUAUCUCCCAAAGCCUAUGCCAAUGAUAAAAAGCUAAGCUUGUCGGGACGUGUUCUUAGCGUGGUUCUGUCAUUACCGACUCAGAUAUGCAAAGUCAACGAACCUCUGGGAGGUUCCACAUGGUCCGUUGCUCCUAUACGAGGCCAGCUGGCUUUGUACCUGUCGGUGCUUUUUCUUCAGCACGAGACCGACUGGGAAAGUCACCUUAUCGGAUGGACUGGAGAGUUGGUGAACAAGACUUCUUUAUUGAGCAAUUUGCAUCUGGACAACAUCAAGGAAGACCCCUUGUAUUUGGAUGACGAGGAUAAGGGCGAGCUUGAGCACAAGAUGCGCCAGACAUUGAACUCGGAAAACGUCCACCCGGUCUGGUUGUUAAGGAAAGACCAGGACAGGUGGAGACGCUAUGCAGAGAAGGUGAUAUGGCCGGUGUUCCAUUACAUCCAGGGUCUGCCCAACGACGGGGCCCAGGAGGGCCAGGAAUGGCACGACUACGUGAGAUUCAACGAGGCCUACUUCCAGAAAAUCAAGCAAAUCUACAAGCCGGGCGACAUUAUCUGGAUCCACGACUACUACCUCAUGCUUUUGCCGCAAUUGUUGAGAAUGGAGUUCCCCAACGCCUUCAUUGGCUUCUACAUGCAUGCUCCAUUUCCUUCGUCGGAGUACUACCGUUGUCUUGCCAAAAGGACGCAGUUGCUUGACGGCAUGCUAGGCUCCGAUAAGAUUGCGUUCCAAAGCGAGUCGUUCCAGCGGCAUUUCCUCAGUUGUUGUGCCCGUGUUUUGGGCUACGACGUGACCAAAAACAGCAUCAAUGCGUACGGCUCAACCAUUUCAGUAGAGACAUUGCCCAUUGGCAUAGACGCCAAAAGGGUUGAGCACGACGCCUUCCAAGAUGCAUCCAUUGAGGAUAAGAUUCGGGCUCUUAGAGAGAUUUACGCAGGCAAGAAGAUAAUCGUCGGAAGGGACCGGUUGGACUCUGUGCGUGGUGUUCAGCAGAAACUCCAGGCGUUUGAGAUGUUCUUGCAGAUGUUCCCGGAGUGGAGAGACAAGGUUGUUCUCGUGCAAAUCUCCUCUCCUGGGUACUCUCACGAUAUGCGUGUGGAGAAGAAGGUUUCGGACUUGGUGACUCUGAUCAACUCACGUUUCGGAAGCUUGAACUACACGCCUGUUCUUCACUACCAGAUCCGCAUCAGUAAGGAUGAGUACUUGGCCCUUUUGCGUGUGGCUGACUUGUGUCUUAUCACGUCAGUUCGUGACGGAAUGAACACUACGUCAUUGGAAUUUGUCGUUUGCCAGAAGAAGAACUGCUCUCCCUUGAUUCUUUCAGAGUUCACUGGUACGGCGUCUGUGUUGAACGACUCUAUCUUGGUCAACCCUUGGGACUCCGUCAGUAUUGCAAAGACAAUGAACAAUUGUCUUAACAUGAGCCAAGAAGACAAGGCAAAGCUUGAGUCGAAGCUCUACGAUAGAGUCACGUCCAAUACCAUUCAGGUGUGGACAUCUAACUUUUUGGAACAUUUGAUUGGUCAUGUGGAGACUACUCAUCAGACCCACCACACGCCUACUUUGAAUAGGCCCAUGUUGUUGAACAACUACAACCAUCUGAAGAGACGUCUUUUCUUGUUUGACUACGACGGCACUUUGACACCUAUUGUUCAAGAUCCAGCUGCAGCUAUUCCUUCUUCAAGGUUGCACAAUAUCGUUGAUAAGUUGGCGGCAGACCCCAAGAAUCAGAUUUGGAUUAUCUCAGGAAGAGACCAGGUCUUCUUGGAUAAGUGGUGGGGCGCCAAGAAUGUUGGUUUAUCUGCUGAACAUGGCUGUUUCAUGAAAGACGUUGGCAGCAAAGAAUGGCACAAUUUGGCAGAGGCAUUUGACAUGUCAUGGCAGCAAAAGGUUGAGGAAGUGUUCAAGAAGUACACUGACCAGACACCAGGCUCCAAUAUUGAGCGCAAGAAGGUUGCCUUGACAUGGCACUUCCGGAGGUCUGACCCGGAGUUAGGCAAGUACCAAGCCGACAUGUGCUUGAAAGAACUACAGGGCGGUAUUAUGAAGGAGUAUGACGUGGAAGUCAUGGAAGGAAAGGCCAACAUUGAGGUGCGGCCUCGGUUCGUGAACAAAGGUGAGAUCGUCAAGCGUUUGGUGCUUAAUGGCCAUGGAAAAAAGCAAGAUCCACACCUGAUUAAGUUGGACGCUCUGUCUAUAAGCCCAGACGAGCUUCCCGACUUCAUGUUGUGCUUGGGUGACGACAAGACCGACGAAGAUAUGUUCAGAUCUCUCAAGGACAUUGAAGCUACAUGGCAUUUGACGGAGUUACCUAAAAAUAGUUUGGGCUCCUACGGAGUUUUCCCGGUGCUUGUUGGGCCUGCUGCCAAGGAAACGCUAGCAACAUCGCACCUCAAUGAUCCCUCGCAGGUGAUUGACACAUUGGGAUUGCUCUCCGGAGAUGUGUGCUUGUUUGAGAGUGCUGGAUCGGUGACAUUGGACGAUAGAGGCCAUGUGGAGAACAGUGAGUCGAGCGAAAGGUCAAAGGGACUCGUCAGAGAGGCCACUAUGAAGAAAGACGAGUCACGCAAUUCCAGAAUCUAA